AUGUUCUCACCUCCAAGAGAGGAUGAGGCGGAGAAAGCCGACAGCCGUCACAAGAAGAAGUUCAUGUUCGCCUGCGAUGACAUGUCAGACGAGGAAGAGGCCGUGGGGAUGAGAGCUCUUCUAAGAGCGACUCAAGAGGACCACGAGGAAAUUGAUGUCGUCGAACAAACGCUUCACGAUACACUCGAGGAGAGUCGAGCGGAUACCUGUCAACGCCCUGGAGACACUCAUGGUCUGCAGCAACAUCAAAAUGAAGAGCCAAAUGAGCUUUUCGUUUCUCCUGAAGAAGAAGGGGUUCCCGCUACCACUACAGAUUCCGACAACGUGGAAGUCAAGUCCGAGCCGGACGACGACGAUUGUUGCAUGGUCAUCGAUCCAACGGAAGCGUCUUCUGGUGCACAGGAGAAGUGGGCCAAACCUCAAAAGUUCACGAUCGAUCUUACGUUUGACACCCCGAUCAACAAUUCUGUCGGCAUUCCAGUCGAAGUGAAGAAGGAGGUUAAGAGCGAGACAACCAGCAACCACUCUCCCACAGAAGCAGGAUGCAUCAAGGACAUCCCUGAGGCCGGCGAACGUCAACUUCAAAUCGAAGGCAUGGAGAAAAGAAUGUGCGAUCUACAAGCCAAAGCUUUGCGUGGAGCUUUAAGUCCCACGGAACUGGCUGAGUUGCUUCAGCUUCCAACCAAGCUCAACGAUGCGAAGGGCUCUAGUGCGAAAACGUCAAGCAAGAACUCAAAGAAAGGAGGUAGUGGACGAAAGAAAAACACCAAAGAAGACUACUGGGCCAAAAUGGCGGAAAGGCAGCGAAAACAGAAGCACAUGCUGGCAGAGAAGAGACGCAAGAGAAACGCGAAAGGGACAAGCAAAGCGCCCAAAAGGUGCAAAACAUCGAGAACAUCUGAAACACGCGAAGACAGCCGAGACACAGAUGAUGAAGAAUUCGGUCAGGAUCCAGGAGUGGCUCGACAGAUCGAUGAGAUGCUCCGUCCUCUCAACGCCAUUCUUGAACGAGCAAGCCAGGGUGAACUACCAGCAGAGCUUAACAUCAAAGCCACUAAGAAGGAGCAGCAGCUGAAGAAGAUGAGAGAAGCCGCCCCUGAAUACUUUGAGAAAGACAUUCUUGAGAAGCAGGAACGGGAACUUCGAGAAUCAACUCACGCGUGGGGUCCAUACGUCGUUCGAGCGAAGAACGGGAAGUGGGAGAUCAGACGCGUCUUGAUGACUCCUCUUCACAAUCAUCAAAUCAUUGUUGGCGCCUGGAUGAUGGGACGAGAGCUAAUGAAGACUUCAGGAUUACCAUUGGGUGGAAUCUUGGCCGAUGCCAUGGGUCUCGGAAAGACGAUUGAGACAUUAUCGUGCAUUUCGGGCAACCCCUCUCCCGAGAGACUCAAAGAGAAGGGCGAGGGAGCAACGCUUGUGGUUUGCCCAUCCGAGCAAAUGAUUGGAGUUUGGAUCUCAGAGAUCAAAAAGCACUGUGGCAAGAGGUUUGCCAGAGACAUGGUCCGUUACAAGAAGCAGAACAAGAUGGAUAUCGGCUUGCUGGGCUCGUUCAACAUUGUUUUGGCGACUUAUCACCAAGUCCGAGCGAGUACACCAUCAAUCAAGGAGCGAGAGGAGAAGCAAAGGGAAAUCGUGGACGUUGAUGAAUACAAAGAAUGGCUCGAGCAAGCAACUGGAGACCUGCACCGGAUCAAGUGGUACCGCGUUGUCUUGGAUGAAGCGCAUUCCAUCAAAAACCAUUCGACACACGGUGCCUUCGCUUGCUUUCAACUCAAAUCCGAGUACAGAUGGGUGGUGAGCGGAACCCCUCUUACCAAUUCCGACACUGAGUUUUUCUCAUACUUCAAAUUCCUGGGUUGUCGCGGCAUGGAUCGUUUCAAAGACUACAACCGGGAAUUUCAUGACGGAGAAAAGGCUAGAGAUAAACAUCACAGGUUGAUUUCUCAGAUCAUGUAUAGAAGGACACAGAAUGACUGGUUCCUUGGCCAGCCCAUUCUCAAUCUGCCUCCAACGAUCCCAACGCAUCAACAUCUUCAGCUCUCUCGCGAGGAAAUGGUUGUUUUCCGAAUGAUGGAGAGAUGUUUUAGGAGAAAAGUGAAUGAUGAUCUACAACAAGCCCAAGACGAUACUAUCGCGGACAGACAGCUCAGAAGCUACCUCACUAUUCUUCUCCGUCUUCGUCAAGCCGCAACCCAUCCAUUCUUACUCGAGAGUAUGAUGAACGAGUACUUCAAUAUCCACGACCUCCGAAUCACCAAAGCCAGACUUGCAACACUGAAAGGAAAGCAGACUGUUUACGAACAGAUUGGUUCUUGGAACGAACGGCAUGAGAUGAAAAGCGAACGAAUGAAAGAAGUCAUCGCAGAAUCCGAGAGAAUCAGCAAGGAAGAGGCUCGAUUCACAAGCUAUGGAACUUUCGAAGAUCACUCUGGAACGGACAGCGACAACGACCAUGAACCGACUACACCCAUCCCUGCCAAUACUGAGGGGUUCAAGAGAAAGGCCAUUGUAAUCGAUGACUACAAGGACGAGGUAGACAGUCAGGAUGACGUGGAGUUGGAUGAAGAUGGCAUGGUUCCUGAGGAGUAUCUCGGAGACAAACAUGUCAAGCCCUCACCAGAGCCCAUUCGCCGGGAGAUUCCGCCUCUUGUGCCAUUCGGUCGAAGCGAUUUUGGCUUGCGUUUCGACAUGGACAAGCAGCUUGAGUACUUGAUGCGACUCGAGGAUCUGAAGGAGGCACCAUGUGCCAUAUGCGACAAGAAACCUCCUCAGACGCCUCUCAGGGGGCAGUGUGGCUGCAUAUUUUGCACGCACUGCUUGAUGGAUCACACCACGACGAGAGGAAGAUAUUGUCCACACUGUCGCCAUGUCAUUGGCAAGCCUAAACCACUUGAGCCGUUUCAUAGCGGCGACAGCGAUGAGGAAUUAGACUUCGCUUCGAAUGCCAGCCCGCGCCAAAAAAGGAAGAACGACAAGGAUUACAGUCAUGGCUUUGAUCAUAACGGCUUCCAACACCAAGAGGAAGACAAGAAGGACAAGCAGCCAAUCCGUUUCUUGCAAAUCAGCGACAAGAAAACAGACAUUCCGGUCACCCCUAGUGCUAAGAUGACGGCAUUGAAGGAAACAAUCCUCAGAUGGCAACACGAAGCGCCUGAUGACAAGAUCAUUGUCUUCAGUCAAUUCACCAUUGUCAUGAAGAUCGUCGGCCGCAUGCUGGAGGCAGAGAAUAUUCCAUUUGCAUAUCUCAGCGGCAAGCAUACCACUGAGCAGCGCGAGAAGGCCGUGGCAGACUUUCAAGAGGGGGACGUUGUGAAAGUCUUGAUCGUCUCCCUUCGCGCCGGCGGUCAGUGCCUGAACCUCACUCGCGGGAAUCGGGUUAUCCUGAUGGAACUCUGGUGGAAUCACGCCGUGGAACAGCAAGCCUUCUCUCGUGUCUUCCGAAUCGGCCAGAUCAAGGAAACCCACUUCGUGCGAUUCAUUGUCAACACUCCAAUCGAGAAACGAAUGCUCAAAAUGCAGAUUGGCAAGAUCCUCCGCAUCGAUGCAGCUCUUCAAGACGAGGGAGUCAGAACUCCAAAGGUCGGCCUCGAGGACAUUGCCAACCUCCUGGGAAAGGUCGUUCGGCGGAAGGGCGUCAUGCAGGUCGUUGCCGACUACUCUGACGGCGAGGACGAUGAUGACGACCCUGAUAUGCCAGGAUCUGGCGCAGCUAGGCGCGCUGCCGAGGAGGAAGAAGACCUGCCGGACUUCGUCGUCAAUGAUGACGAGAUCGAGUACGAGGGCGACGAUGAUUUAGACGUCGGACUCUCAAACCACGAAGACUCCGAUGACUCCGAUAUCGAGAUCAUUGAGUAG